AUGACCUCCCUCGGGAUACUCGAAAUUGUUUCUAAAAUAGGGACCACCUGUGAUUCCCACAGCAAUCAGGAUGAAGCAUCGGGGUCAUCGGAAUUUCGUGAUGCCCUGCGUGUUGCUAAAAUUAAUUACGACAGUAAAUACAUAGCCGUGUGUCGAGUUUUACCCGGACACGUGUACGAGGCGAUUGAUUCCAUUGGACCUAUGCUUUACGUACUCAAAUUAAUUACUGCCCUAGGAUUUACUGUGCCAGCGGAAACGCGUUCGUCACCGCCUCCUCAAACUAGGUUGGUGAACCACAACAUCACCACACAAAUGGGACCCAUCAAUAACUUCAGUUUCGAAUCGGAGGGUUCACAUCCGUCUGUGAGACGUGGUCACCAUGACAGGCCCGAUCUGAUGAGAAUGGGGUGUUUCUCCUGUCCUGGAGGAUCAUCCAGUGAUGAGAAAGAAGAGAGGAAGCGAUUGAAUUGCAGUGAUAAAAAUCGAACAAAAAUCAAUGACCAUGCAAAGACCCUGCCAGAUACCGGUCCACCUAAACUCCCGAAGAAGGGCCCUGCAGUUGCGAACCAGUCCCCUACUCAAGCCGAAAAGAAACCAGAAGCCGAGACUAGUCCUUGUAAUGGAGAAGCCAAUGCCUCUAAGGCCCGGACAUUCACCUUUGACACCUUAGUUUCCGCAACUCAGAAUUUCAAGGCGGAGAAUUUUCUGGGCGCCGGAGGCUUCGGAAAAGUUUAUAAAGGUCGUCUAACGGAUAGUGGUGAGAUUGUGGCUGUGAAGCAGCUAGACAGGAAUGGCUGUCAAGGGAUUGGUGAAUUUGUGGUUGAGGUUAUGACAUUGAGUUUGGCCAAACACUCAAAUCUCGUCAAAUUAAUAGGUUAUUGUGCUGAAGGAGAUCAGAGAUUGUUAGUGUACGAGUACAUGCCGUUAGGUUCCUUGGAGGACCAUUUACACGGCACUCGACCGAAUAGGAGUAAGCUGGAUUGGAACACAAGGAUGAAAAUAGCAGCUGGGGCAGCACAGGGAUUGGAGUAUUUGCAUGACAAGAUGGCUAAGCCGAUUAUAUACCGUGAUUUGAAGUGUUCUAAUAUUUUGCUAGGAGAGGGAUAUCAUCCUAAGCUGUCGGAUUUUGGGCUGGCCAAGGUUGGGCCCACAGGGGAUGAGACCCAUGUCUCUACGAGGGUAAUGGGCACAUAUGGGUAUUGUGCACCUGAUUAUGCAAUGACUGGUCAACUCACCUUCAAAUCAGAUAUUUAUAGCUUUGGUGUCUUCCUUUUGGAGAUAAUCACGGGUAGGAGAGCUAUUGACAACAGACGAAAUGGUUCGGAGAUAAACUUAGUUGCAUGGGCCAAGCCAUUGUUCAAGGACCGGAAAAGGUUCCACCUAAUGGCGGACCCUGCUCUUGAGGGCCGUUAUCCCGUGAGAGGGCUUUACCAAGCGCUGGCAGUUGCUGCCAUGUGUGUUCAAGAGCAGCCCAACAUGCGGCCCCUCAUAGCUGAUGUUGUUACAGCUUUGAAUUUUCUUGCUUCCCAAAAAUACGACCCAAAUGUCGACCCAAUUCAAUGCCCUUUAAACUCCACUCCUAAUUCGGUUACAUCUAAAAGGGCGGCCAAGAAUACUGAGAGAGCCGACUAGUGGCGCAACAUCUCGUUUUUACUAUAUGUGAAUAAGAAGCCGAGAUUUGCUGCCAUUUUUCGUGCUUUAGAAUUAUUUUUAUUUUUACUUUUUAAUUUUUAUAUAGGAUCUUAGGGUAAUGGUUAAAAUAAUGUGACUGGUUUCUGUGAGACUGUUGCUUUUUUGUUAGAUUUUAGGAAAUGGUUGAUGGUCGUUUUCCGUUCUGUGAGCGGGUGGUUGCACCAAAGGGCCGAAUCAGAUGAUUUUAUUGCGUUUUUGAAUGGGUUGAUUUUCUGUUUCUGCUCAUGAUUUAGACAGUGAGUGUGGCUUAUUCUGUUUGUCGGUGCAGUUGUGUUGUUACAUUCUUUAUUAGAAUUAUCAAUUAUCAAUAAAGAGAAUACCGACUCACACAUACACA